AUGAUUCACGAAGACGUCCCUGGCAUGGAGGUCACCGUACAAAUCAAUGGCGUGGAUGUGAAGGAGUACGAUGCACCCGAAGCAGGCGACGAGGACAAGGACUACCCCACCAUCACCAAGUACAUUGAAUCCAUCGAUGACGCCUUCUUUGCAGUCAACUUGAACAUCAACAAUCACUAUGACUGGAGACAUGGCAAGGCUAAACAUUGUCUUAGCUGUGAGUGCUACGUUGAUGGAUGUUGGAUCGGGGCCAGGGUCGUAAAAGAAGCUAGAGACAUCUUGAUUCGAGGACACCAAUCUAUCAACAAUGCCGGUGAGGGAGAGCUCAGUAAACUUCAAUUCGCCUCUAUCCAGACAAUUGAUGAUGCAAAGAAGGAACGCGUCGAGAAAGACAUGAAGGCUACCAAGAACUUGGGACUUAUCGACGUCAAGCUGUACCGGGGAACUGAACAUGGUGCUAUUGCACACCAGGCAGAACGAUCUCCCAAACGCGAUAGGUUCGAGUUUGCAGAGAAGUCUCUAAAGGGAAAGGCAAUCUCACAUGGAACCACUCUUCGUUCGAAGGAGCAAAUCACCAAACCGUACUGGGUUGACUUUCGUCAUCUUCCUGAAGAUAAUAAGCAGCCCAUCGCCAGAUUCCGAUUUCUCUAUAGAUCGCGAGAUGCGUUGAAGCGGGAGAUGAUCAUUCCUCGAUCACCUACACCGUCUCCGCCAACUUUCAACGCACUAUCUGACGCUGAAUUGCGCCGUUUGGCAAGAGAACGUUUCAACCAGCUACAGGACUCGGCAGUCAAGAACGAAAGUAGUCGACCCAUCAAGCGAGAGCUUGGUGAGGUCUACGAUCUGACCGGCAGUACCGCCCCGAAGAAACAACGAAAGGGCAAGAUGACUCGCUUGGAAUCUGGUCGGAGAGUCGAAGUUAUCGAUCUGAGCGAUGACGAUGAGUGA